CCCAUGUCAUGGAUAUCUUACACGUCAAUGUACGUUCCCCCCCCUCAAGUCUCAACUCAUGGCGGCAACCCACACGUAUCACAACGACACACACGUCGCUAGACAUCGACACAGUCCUCACGUAUGUACAGCUGGGACAGAUCGAGCGGGAAAGAGGAGUAAAAUCCGACCACUGGCCGAUCACUGCUCCAUCAAAUGCAGCACCUCUAUCUCGUCCGCCAUGAAGGCACGCGACCCACCCAGCACCGCAUCGCCAAGGCGAUCCCUCACUCCCGUGUAGCUACCAGGCAUAGAGAAGUGGGAGAUGUACUGACGGCAGCUGCGGAUGUCGGCAGCAGUCUUGCCGCCAUGGUCACGGCAGCCCAACCCCAGCCACAGACACCCACCGAUGGACAUACUCGCACUAUACGCCCUUUCCUGGCUCCCCGCCACCCACACAGACUGCUGCACUCGUGUGAAAUCGAUUUUGGUCGGUGUGGCGAAGUGGCCGGCCAGUGAGAAAUGCCACAUCACUGUGGUACAUGCGGCAAUCGUUAGGGCAUCGGACAGCAGCAGGCCGGCACUGAUGAAGGCGCCGAAGACGUAUAGGUCCUUGCGUAUGAUGAACACCAGGCCGGUCAU